UCUCUCUCUCUCUCUCACCCGACCCCCUUUCCCCUUUUCCCAAACCAAACCCUAGAAAUCAAUGUCUUCUGCUUCAUUUCAUCCAAGAAGGAACAAUCGAAACAAUGUAUUGCGUGACGGUGAGAGAUUAUGUUAUUGUGGUUUUCGUAUAAACCCACGUACCUCUUGGACAAGAAAGAACCCUGGAAGGAGAUUUCUCUCAUGCCCGAUUGUUGAUGAUAAAAGGAAAUGUCAGUUGUACCAAUUUUUGGAUGAAGGACUCCCUACCCAAUAUUACAAAGAUCUUGUCUUUCAACUUCAUAAUAAGUUAAAAAGUCUGAAAGAAGAAAGCGAAAUUGAAGCUGAUUUGUAUGAAGAAGGAAUCAAUCUCAAGGCAGAGUUGAAGGAGGCAAAUGAGAAAUUGCAAGUCUAUGAAAGGGUGUUCAUAUGGAUGUUAGGUGUAUUCCUUGGGAUGUGUUUUGUUAUAUGUGUAUUGGUCCUGCAAUCAUUCUAGUUAAUUUUCAGUUGAACUUGCAAGGCUAUGAAACUGUAGUUUGUAUGUUGUACUGUUGGAGUCUUGGUAUUU